CAAAACGACGAAGAAGAGAGAAUUAACAUAUCAAUUUUCAUUUUUCAUUUUUUUUGUUUAAAAUAAAAUCAAAUUGGUUCAAUCUUCGUUUUCGUUCCCAAAUUUUCAUCGAUCUGGGAAAUUCUAUUCGAAUUUUUAGGUUUGAGGUUGUUCGAUUGAAAUUCAUUGCAACGUGGAUGUUGUUGAUUCGUGAGAUUUUGAAUUUUGUAGAUUUUGAAAUUCUGUUCUAGAUCGUUUGCUGUUGUUCAAUGGCCUCGGCUCAGCUGCUAAACUAGGUUGCAGUGAAGGUGGUUGUGGGGCUUGCACUGUUAUGGUCUCUCAUUAUGAUACAAAUUUGAGGAAAAGCUUACACUAUGCUGUCAAUGCUUGCUUAGCACCUCUAUAUUCUGUUGAAGGGAUGCAUGUGAUUACAGUGGAGGGACUUGGAAGCUGCAGGCAUGGUUUGCAUCCUAUCCAGGAAUCUCUGGUCCGUACUCACGGUUCACAAUGUGGAUUUUGUACACCUGGUUUUGUUAUGUCCAUGUAUGUGUUAUUGCGGUCAAGUCAAACACCGCCUACUGAAGAACAAAUAGAAGAAUGUCUUGCUGGAAAUUUAUGUCGGUGCACCGGUUACAGAGCAAUAAUUCAAGCAUUCCGUGUCUUUGCCAAAACUAGUGAUAUCUUAUAUACUGGCGUUUCUUCAUUGAGCUUUCAAGAAGGCCAAUCUGUUUGCCCAUCAAGUUAUUUUGGGAUACAGGUUAUUGUUUGGGAUACAGUUUCUUUCCAUAUACAAAUGAAUAAUCACCAAAAAAAUUCAAAAUUUUGA